GGCUACUGAGGACCCUGCGCUUUCCCUGGUACACUACGCUCGCAGUGCCAUGGGUUCAUGGAUUCCUCUGGAUCGGGAAGGGUUGAACUCCCGCCCGCUUUUGAGGAUGCAAACGUAGACCAUCUUUUUCAUCUCAUAGCCGAAAUGCUUGAGCGAUUAAUGUCCCAUAAUGAUCGCAUUCCUCUCAUUCCAGAAAGCCUUACUCGAUUUCAUUCCCGAUCUCCCCCUGGGAUUUCUGUGUUAGAUUACCUCAAACGUAUUGUCAAGUACUGUAAAGUCGAGAAGUCUUGCCUUCUAAUCCUGCUAUUCUACAUCGACCAGAUCUGCAGUAGAGUCCCCCUCUUCACCCUCUCAUCGCUCACUUGCCAUCGCUUUGUGAUAACUGCCAUCACCGUCUCGAGCAAAGGUCUAUGCGAUGUCUUUUGCCCAAACAGUCUUUAUGCCAAAGUAGGCGGUAUAUCCUUGCCAGAACUGAACACACUCGAGCGAGAAUUCCUUCAAAUGAUCGGGUGGCAACUAACGUGCACCCGUGAGCUUUUACAAGAAUACUAUUCGAACCUUGUUCGUACGAGUACAUCAGGUCGAUUCGUCAUUAUUGGACCCCAACAACCACCGAUUAGCACACCCGUAGACGUGGACACAGAUACAGAUACUUCCUCACAAACACCCUCGACAGUAGCCGAGCCAUCUGCCAUACUCAUCGAUCCUUCCUCGAUUCCCCUGGAUGUCAACCGUCGACCCACCAUAGAACAGAAUAUGGCAUUUGCUAGUUGGACUGACGAAGGAAGGAAGGCAUUUUGAUAGCACGAAUACAAUUUUGCCUAUAUUCUUGUAAAACACACAAGGCGGAAAAUUGCAAACGAUUGAACUUGAUUGCGAUGGCCAGUGGAAAGAAAAAGUUAAAAGAGGUGUGU